AUGAGAAUAGCCAUACUUGGAAGAAACAAGUUGGGGCUAAUCGAUGGAAAGUGCAGGAAGGAUGGAUUUGGUCCUAAUCUGAGUGAUUUGUGGGAGAGAUGCAAUGCAAUUGUCUUUUCAUGGAUCAUGAAUUGUGUUUCAAAGGAAUUAUUGGGUGGAAUUGUUUACUCUACAGAUGCAUGUUCUGUUUGGCGAGAUCUUAAGGAGAGAUUUGAUAAGACGGAUGGAUCAAGGAUCUUUCAACUACAUAAAGAAAUUGUCACAUUGGUACAGGGUACGAGUACGAUCGCAGAGUAUUUCACAAAAUUCAGAUUGUGCUGGGCAGAAUUUGAUUGCAUUGCGCCUUUUCCUGGUUGUAAUUGCACAGAAUCGAGAGGUUUUGUAGAAUUUAUGAAGCAACAGAAGUUGUUACAAUUUUUACUGGGUCUUAAUGAGACUUAUGAGCAGGCUCGAAGUCAGAUCUUGAUGCUAGUUCCUCUUCCUUCUGUUAAUCAAGCCUAUUCAAUGAUGAUUGAAAGAGAAAGUCAACGAGUCAUAGCAAACUCAGCCAGGAAUGUUACUAAUCUGAAGAUAGCAGCUCUUAUGACUGCUCGUCAAGUUCCUAGCAAGUUUAAAAGGGACUGGAAUGCUCAAUGUGAUCAUUGCAAGAUGAUGGGUCAUACUAAAGCCAAUUGUUAUCGGUUAAUUGGAUAUCCUUCCAACUUCAGAUUCAAGAAGAAAGUUGGGCAGCAAAAUGAUUCUUAUGAGAAGGAAGGAGAGAAUCGAAGUCAUGCUCACAAUGUGAGGGAUGAGGAAAGUCGAUCACACAAUGAUGGAUCACAAGCUUGA